AUGGGUGGUUCAGGAAGAUGGCUUAAGUCGCUUAUUUCUCUCAGAAAGCCAUCCGCAAAUGAUCAAGAGAAGGGUGGUGAUAAGAGUAAGAGAAAGUGGAAGUUAUGGAGGAGUUCUUCAGAAGGCUAUGGGAUUGGAUCCUCAAUGAAGAAGGGACAGGGUGGUAGUGGUGGUUUUGACAAGUCUUCUUUUGUGGUGGCUGAUGAAGCAUUUGCUGCUGCAGUGGCUGCUGUGGUAAGAACUCCACUCAAAGACUUCGUGGUGAUCAAGCAGGAAUGGGCUGCUAUUCGCAUCCAGGCUGUGUUUCGAGGCUUCUUGGCAAGACGAGCUUUGAGGGCCCUGAGGGCAGUGGUGAGGCUGCAAGCUAUAUUUCGUGGUCGGCAAGUGAGGAAGCAAGCAGCAGUUACUCUAAGGUGCAUGCAAGCUCUCGUGAGAGUUCAAGCACGUGUCAAGGCUAGGAAUGUGAGGAAGUCUCCAGAAGGGAAAGCUGUGGAGAAACUAUUGAAUGAUCAUGCUGAUCCUGCUAAGCAGGCUGAGCAAGGAUGGUGUGACAUUCCGGGAACAGUGGAAGAAGUCAAAGCAAAAUUACAAAUGAGGCAGGAAGGAGCAAUCAAGAGGGAUAGAACAAUGCAAUACUCUAUCUCCAAGCAGAAAUCAACAAUGAGUGCUAGUCCAAACUCAAGAGGUGCUAAGUCAGUGACUGGAUGGAGCAUGUUAGAACGCUGGAUGGCAUCUAAGCCAUGGGAAAACAGGUUGAUGGAAGAGAUGUAUUUGGACUCACCUGACAUGACUAUAGUGACCAGUAAAAGUGAUGAUCUUGUCGUUCCCUUUAGUUCAAAUCAACAAAAUGGCUCAGUCAAAGCAAGAAGGAAUGGUGUGACAACCAGGAUUUCAACUAAAUCUCUUACAACCAGUCAAUCAACUCCAUCAUCUUCAGCCAUAAGCUCUGAAUGCAUGUAUGAUGAUAGUCCCGUGUCAACUUCAUGCACAUCAGGAUCACCUACUCUACCAUCUACCAACAAUGUUAUGGUGGAAGCAACUGAGGAAAGAAAUGUUGGUAAACCAAGCUACAUGAAUCUGACAGCAUCAACCAAAGCUAAACUGAAAGCCUGUAGGUUUUCUUCUCAGAAUUCAAAGAGAAUCUUUAUGGAUGAUUGUGUGUCACUAAGUGGAGUUACUAGAAGCAGUUCUGGCUCCUAUCCUUCAGCUAAUAUAUGGAAGGAUCUAUAUGCAACACCUCUAAGGGCAAGUUAUCAAAAACGAUAUACAUUUGAAGAUAAGUAG